CUUCUCCCCCACAAAGCCACAUACAUCACACUUGAUUUACUCGAAUUGAGAAAACAAAUCCUACGACAAGCAAUAGCAGCUACAACCAUGAAGGGAUCAGCAAUGGUUGCAAUGCUUUUUAUAAUCGCAACAAAUUUAUGGACAGGAUCUAUGGCACAAUCAAGUUGCACCAAUGUUCUCAUCAGCAUGUCUCCCUGCCUGGAUUACAUACAAGGGAACUCUUCGAAACCCUCUUCUUCGUGCUGCUCGCAGCUUGCUAAUGUUGUGAGGUCAAACCCUCAGUGCCUCUGCCAGGUCCUCAACGGUGGUGCUUCAUCACUUGGUGUCAGUGUUAAUCAGACUCAGGCAAUGGCUCUCCCAACAGCUUGCAAUGUUAAGACUCCCCCUGCUAGCCAGUGCAAUGGAGCAUCUUCUCCCUCUGGCUCUCCACCAUCAGGUGGUGGUGGUUCAAAGAGUAAUGUUCCAACAACAGAUGAUAGCACAUCAGCAGGGAACUCGACGAAGCUGUCAUUUUCAGUGGUCUGCCUCUUCUUCUUGCUCUUCAUCGCCUCGGCUUAGGCUUCAAGCUUGAUCUCCAUCUGAGCAUGUUUCGCCUUUUGUGGACCCUCUUUCAUCUAUUUCUACUUUUAAUUUUUUUUUCCAAUGUGUUAUUAAAUUAUCCGGAGGGAGUGAAUAAUUUCUUUGAGGUUUGUAUUUUACAUCAUAUGUGGUUUUCUUUUCUUCAGACUUUUAAUAAAUAUAUCUUUCAAUUUCAUAAAUAAAAAAA